AUGUCCAAAGCAGCAAAGACAUCGAAACCAGCUGGCAAGGGAAAGGCUGCCUACAAGCACAAGUUUAUCAUCGACUAUUCGCGCCCGGCCGCAGACCAAAUCUUUGACACGGCUGCAUUCGAAAAGUUUUUGCACGACCACAUCAAAGUCGAUGGAAAGGAGGGAAAUCUCAAGGACAAGAUUGAGAUUAAGAAGAACGACCAGCGAUUGACGGUGACCUCCCAAGUCCCACUGUCGAAACGAUAUCUCAAGUAUCUCACCAAAAAGUACUUGAAGAAGAGUACCCUCCGCGACUUUAUCCGAGUCGUUGCAUCGUCAAAAGAUACAUACGAACUUCGCUUCUUCAACCUUACCACGGGUGACGAGGAGGAAGAAUAG